GGUUUAUGUUCUAGCUUAUUGAUAUUAAGAAUUUUAAUAUUAUACGCAUUAUGUAUUAAUUUAUUGUAACAGUUUAUUCUAAUACCUGUACCUUUUUUUUUUUUUUUUUACUAUUAUUAAAAUAAAUACAUUAAAGUAAUAACAAAAAUUACCUACACCUUUAAGCUAAGCUUGUGGUGGCGUAGGGAAUUAUAGAACAUUAGUUCACAUGUAUGAUUAUUAUAAAACUAUAAUAACAUUAAUAACAUUAAUAACAUUAAUUAACAUAAUAACAUAUAAUUUUUCAUUUAAUUAAUAUUUUAAAAAAUAAAAAAGUUCGUAUAUUAUAUUUAUAACUAAGUUGAAUAAUAUUAAACAAGCUAAUAAACAUAUAUGAAGAAUUUAAUUCUAAAGUAUGAAAAACAUACAGUUAUCUGUAUAAUAUAGAGUGUACACUAUUAAAAUAUAAUAAUUUUAACUAAUAUAUUCAACAUUUCAAAACUCUUAAAAUAACAUUUGACAAUUGUAUCGAGUAGGCAUAUGCGAGCAGAGAAACGUUUUAACAAGCCGCAUAGAUAUAUCUCGUACUAUAAUAAUAAGAACAAUAAUAUAACGUCAUUAUUUAUUACACAAUCAUAAUAUUGGCGUUUGGCUAUAGACGGUACAGGAAAUUUAUCAACAUACGUUAUAUGCAUUUAUGGGACGAUUAUUUGAUUACGAAACCGCGCGUGUAUCGCAACACGAAAAUGCCGAAUGUUUACAUGCCCAAAGGCAUGGAAAUUUGAUUUUGGUUUUUGUUUUCUUAGUCAUAAUAUAGUUUUCAAACCUCAUCAUGUAUAAUUUUAUCAAAACCUUACUCUCCAGUAUACAAUAAAAUAUACAUUUAUGUAAACCUGUGAUUUCCUAAUAGCUAUAUGUGUGCGUGUUAAAAUGUUUAGAUAAAUAUUUUCUUUUCGCAUCGCGCUAACAAAGUAUACGGGCGCCAUUUGAUAUUAUUGAUAUUAUACGCGUUUGUGCCACCAAUAUGGAUGAUACACACACAAAAUAACGGUGAAAAUUGGAAAAUAUCGUAAACGAGAUCGUUAAACGAUUUUAUGAAUUAAUAUAUGCCUACUAUAUUGUAAUGGUUGAAAAAUGCCAAAUCAAAUGUGCUCAACUUUAGUGAUAUAAUUCUGACACAUGAAUCAUCCGGUGUAUGUUUGUUGGGUUUUAAAUAUUUAUUUAUGCAAAUAAUUCGAUUUUAAUUAAUGCUGAAAAGCGAACCGGUUAUCUUAUCGCUUUGUUCAACUCGACGAAUUUGAGAUACCUAUUCGAAAUUGUCGCAUUAUAACCGUUUUUAUUGUCGUUCUAUUCUCCAGACGCGGUGAUUUUUUUUCUUUUUCUUCUUUACGAUCGCCGUUGUCGUUCCCCAGUAACUAUUCCACCGCAGUUCGUUGACGAUCGGCUGGUAUUAAAUCAAAAAUCAAACAUUUUUAAUUUUUCGAAAGAAAAAAAAAAUUCCACCCACUUUUAACAUUAUGAUGGACCUCAAGUAUCCGAUCCGCGUCAGAGCCGAAAUACCCGUCAUCAAAAUGGGAUACGAACGCGUCGGCCGACUGAUUUCCGGACUCAAGGUGAGUGACGCGUUUUUUCCCAACUUAACCUUACAUAACCUAACGUAACACGGCUACAUCCUGUCACGAUGUUCGGAAAGCAAAAACAAAAAACAAUAGGCCGCGUAUACUUAUAAUCGUUUUGUCUUUUCGCAGGAAUCUUCGGCCACCGUCCAGUGGGGACUGGAUAUGGCCACCGACGGCGUGGACAGGGCCGCGCAAUUGUCGUGCGUCAAGAACCGUUUGGUGACUAUCGACCGGUUGCUGUGCGCGUCGUUGGACUUGACCGAACUCAAAUUGCCGGUGUUGACCAAAACGCCCCAACAAGUAAACAUUUUUAUCCAGUAUAAACAUAUUUAAGGGUGAAAAUAGCGAAAUAAAAAAAUACGCGAAGGGCACAGGGGUCAGAUACUAGUCCAUUUUUUAACAUUUUAUAGCAGAGAAAUACUUUUUCAUGUUCGCGUGGACCACAUUAUUUUUUAAACCAGUUUACAUUAAAUAUUUUAUCUUCUUCGGUAUAUUAUUAUCCAGCUGAAAACUUUUUUCACCGAAUGGAACUCAACAUUCGAUAAUAGUUUCAAAGUCCUAUCGAAUGGUAUUUUAAUACCAUUGCUUAAAAAUUUAAAAAUGGAUUUUACUUUGUAAUGUGUACACCCCUCUUGUCCUGUGUUCUUCAUAUUAUAUUAAUUAAACCAGACAUCUGUGUUCGGGAUUAAUGUAUUUAUAUACAUAACUCGGAAAAUAAAUUGUUUUACGCUAAUUUAAAAGAACAUAAUAUUUUCAAACAUUUUUAAAAUAAUACUCAAAUCGAUGCAGAAAAAUGUCAACUAAAUUAGUAUUUUAUUUUAUACAAAUUGACUAGUUAAUAUGUAUAAAAAAAAAAAAAAAAACUAAUUGACCACUAAAUGCGAACUGUAUUGCGUUGUAUAAUAUUAUUGCUUCCACGAAAUAACCAAAACAAAAAAUUCAAAUUGCGCGCAAAUAAAAUUUCGCGAGUUUUUUUGUGUGUACAGCACCAUGUAUAAAACGAGACGAAUUGGCCAUUUAAAAUACGAGUCGUAAUAUUCAACUGUUAAUUGUUUUUGACAUUUAGAUACUUUAGCCGCGAAUUGUCGAGUUGGUGAAUUUUCACUGCAUCACAUCACACAUACGUAAUAAACACGCGAUUAUAUAGGUACCUUUACACGGUGCCAAUAUUAUCUUAAUUGUAUAAUAUUGACGAGUAAUACUUAUAAUUGUUGAACUCAAACUAUUAAAAAAAUUACUAAAACUAUUAACAUAAAGUAUAUAUGUAUCUAUUAUGUUAUGCAAACAUUAAAUAAUAAACGCAGUAUAAAUUAAUUAAUUAUAAGUAUAUUAGUAAUUGUAGUGGUAGGCGAACGACUACGAGUUGGUUCACAGUUACCGAAUUAGUUCCCGGGUUGUCUGCAGGUACCAUACGAAUUGGUUCCGAUGAGCUUUUACAAUGAUAAUAAAACUAUGUUUAAUUAACGUUUUUAAAAAUCAAUUUUUUUUUUCCAAAUUAUUAUUAUAUAUUCAACCGAAAAUAAUUUCCUUCCCAUUUUACACAGACUUAGGACUUAUUUAGAGUACCUAGGUACGUGGUUGAAAGUGUUCAGUGAAAUUUUGCAGUCAUUCAAUGAUUUAAUAUUUUUACAAUUUACUUUUCCUUUUCAGUAAUUUUUUUUUGAUUUUCAUUUAAGCGUGCUUCUUCUCUUUUAAUCGUUUAAUAAAUAAAAAUAAUGUUUUGGGUAAGCGUAAUAAAAUCGUAAAUUGAGUUACCCGUGAAACGAUUCAAAACAGUUUGCUAUUCCUUCCGAUGUGGUAGAAAAACCUGUUCACAUUUUUGAUGACGAACCACAAUAGUUUUGAAUAUAAUUUCCAAGCACAUUAUCAAAAAAUGCAUAGAGUUUUUCAUCUAUACUUAUUUUAUAAUAUUAUAUUUAUAACACGAGAAUUUUCCCAGCACAUUUCCACAUUCCCAGGCAUCAUAAACCUUAAAAAUAUGAUAAGAUAACAAAUUUAUACAAAUGGGAACCAAUUCGAACAGUUGAAUGACGAUAAGUAAUUUUUAUCGAGAACCUGUACACUUUAUUUGACCCGGGAACCAAUUUCGUUUUACCCUGGUAGGUUACCUAAAUAAUCAAACAUAGAGUCAAAAUAUAUGUAUAUUUUUAAAUAAAAAGAGCUGAUACUGCUGAUGGGUGUGCCACUGUUACAGGUAGAAUGUUCGAAAGAUACGGUAUAUAAAGUUAUUUAAUUUGUAUCUUUAACCAACGAUAAACCAUUACUAACGAAAUACGAUUCUGAGCGAAGUUCGACUACAUAUGUUUUAAAAGGUAAUUUUUACGAUUUUCGUCAAAAUUUGAUCUUACAACUUCUAUAAAAAAAAACUAUUAUAUUACGCUCAACUUUUUUUUGACCACGUAGUUCAAUUUAUAAUGAACUUAGUGUUAAAUAACAUUUCCGUUUAGUCAAAUAAUUUUAUCCACAUAGUAGCUACUCGAAAAAAACUCGAAAAUGUAAACUGCCUAAAAGGCUAUAAAAAGCUCAAAAAUCGUCAAGAUCUUUUGAACUACUUAAGACCAAGUCUAAAAAUGGCCAAUACAAGUAUUCUGUGAUAAUGCUAGGUUUUCACGAUCAUUUUCAACCGAAUAACAACAACAAAAAACCAAAUUGAAAAUAAUGAAAUCGUUAUUUCAGUAAACUUUACUAUUUUUCCUACAGUUUUUCCUAAUUAUUAUGAAAACUUUUCGGAACAUCAAAAAAAUGUCCCGUUUGAUCUGCCAACUAUAGAUUCAAAAUCUAACGAAAAAAGCCUCUAGGCAUUUUUCAACUGUAGCAAGUUUUUCGGUGUAGAAAAGUUGUUUACAGUUAAAAAAAAAAAAAAAAUAAUUGUAUACAAGGUAAAACGAAUACCUACAUUCUUCGCUACGCUUAGGGCUGGUAUUUCAAUGUAUACUUAAGUUUAGGCUUAAGGCUAAGUAAAGCUUGACUACAGUUUUUUGUAUUUCAAUUGAAGUUCAAAAGAUAAGUUCUACUAUUCGGCUUAUCUUAAGGAAUGCUCAGGUAUGGUUUAAGCCUUGGUUGGUUGGUUUAUCUAUGAAUUUUAAAAUUAUUAUCAGUAUUGUCAUUAUUAUUAUUAUCAAGUUUCAUUUUUCAAAUAAACAUUAUUGACUGCAGUAAUAAGUUUUUAUAUUGUAUAUCUUGUGUUUUCUAUCUAAAAUAUCUAGUAUCUAUACAAAAAUGGACACUUCAAGUUCUAAUGACGAUGAAGAUGUAAUUUGAUUUGUGUGUCGACUUGGUCAGGAAAGAAAACCUCGGAUUCGUCGAAACCAAACUGAUCAUUUUCUCGAGUGUGAUGAAAAUGAGUUUUAUAAUCGUUUUCGUUUGAGUAAACGAUGUGUCAAUAUUUUAUUUGAAUUAAUCGACUUCAAAAUUCAAUCUCAAACUAAUUUAUGAAAGCAUAAAGUAUAUAUAUUAGUAUACCUAAUUAUUUUAGUAAUAGAUUAGCCUAACUAGCCUAACCUAGUGGUUUUAGUAUGUUUGGAAAUAAUGAGGUAACAUCAACACAAAUGGUUUUAUUAACAAUUCGGUUUCAGGUUUUGUCAACUGUCAUAACAAAAAUAUAUACAAAUAUAAACUGUUAAAAUUAAAUUUCAUUGUUAGUCGUAAUAAUAUAUACCUACUAGAUAAUUAACCUUCUUACUUUAGUUUAAUAAUUUAAAAUAUAAAUAUAAAUUAUUUUAUCGGUACGCAAAAAUAUAUAACAAUAAUAAAUUAGAGUGUGUAUAAUGAAGUCAUAAAAUAAAUUAAGAAUAAUAUACGCAAUGUCUAUAUAAGUUUCAAAUUAUCAUAAUUAUUGAUAAAAUUUUCUUUAUCGUUCCUGCGCAGAAUCGCUUAAUUAAUUGUACAUUUACAUAAAUACCUUAAGAUAAAAAUGUAAAAAAAAAAAAAACUUUAAGAAAUUUCAAUAAAUAUCCUCCAACAACUAUAACUAAAUAGAUCCAAUAAAAUUCUAUAAGAAAGUACCUAUGAAGUUUUUGUGGUUGAAACAAGAAUAAAAAUGACAUCAUCAUCAUUGUAAAAUAUUAAAUUCUUUAUUAAAGGAUAUGAUCAUUAGAAAAUAUACUAUAAAUGGUGUUUGAAAGUUGCAAAUAAAAUAACCUAGUAUAAUAUAAAAAACAAAUAAAAUACUUCACUGAUUUGGACAUUUUUAACUAAUUUAAAUAUAGGUAAUGAACACAUUGUCGAACGCGUUGCAGAAAUACUCGCGCUGAAUUUAUCCCUUAGCAACACGCACUUUUCAAUUGUAUAUCUGUGUGCAUGAGUGUCUUCAUGUUCAAAAAUGAAACUUAUGAAGCACGAAUUUUUCGAUACGAAUUUAUUCACUGUUGAAAUUUAAAAUUAUAUUUAUGAUCCUGAAAAUUCAAUAUUAUACGAUUUGAUUUUAAAUUUGAUAGAUACCUAUAAAAUAAUGAUUUUUUAAUGUAUCUCUAUUCCCUGUAAGUACAUAUAUAUCUGUAUUUUAAUCUAUUGUGUAUCCAACAUAAAAGAGUUGUCAAUAUUGCACAAUGUCCAGCCUAAAUUUAAAAAUGUUGAAAAUACUUUUUUGAUUUAAAUUAACUAGUCAAAAUAUAAAAUAGAUAAUAAUAAAUAUACUAUUUUAGAUUCUGAGAUUCUGUGAGAAAAAGCUUAUGGUUUUAUAUAUUUAUAUAUUUUUUCUGUGAACAACUUUUCUACCAGAAAGCUUACUCUAAUGUAUAUGAUGUAGACACUUAUCUGAAAGAAAAUUUUCUUGGAGUGGUACUUUAUGGAGGUCAUUUUUCCAUUUUUUGAGAAGUUUUGUCAUCAAAUAUGAAAAAACCGAAAAAAAACUGAGGAUAAACGGGAAAAUACACGAAAUGUAUUAGUAAAAUAUUACGGUAUUUUUUUCUGUGGACAACUUUUCGACUAAAAAUGUUGCUCUGAUUUUUAAUGAAAUCACUUUUUUUAGAAGGAAAUCUGACUGAGGAGGUACUUUUAGGUCAUUUUUUGAUUUUCCCAAUAAAUGGAAAAAACGGGAAAAUAUAGGUAGGUACAAUAUUAAACAAAUAUUAUUAAAGAAAAUAUAUAGGUAAUGUCUAUUUAAUUGUUUUACCAUAAUAUGACAUAUUCAUAUUGUUGAAAAAGCAACACUAUUAAUUGAAUUCCGCUAAGAAUAGUUUUUUUGUCAGCAAAAUGAUUUAUCGUUGCUUACAGGUAUACAUUAAAUUCACUUUUGUAUCUUACCUUCCCAACUUCCCACCUACAACAGUGGCUGCACCCACGUGAGAAGUAUGUUUUUAUUUAUUGAGAUCGUGAUUUUCUCUCAUUCAUAUCAACAAUGAAUAUUAUAAAGUAGAUAAUUCCUAACGACAAAUUAAUGUAACAACAAAUUUAUUACUUCACAAGUUUGUGAAAUAUUUCAUAAGAACAGUGCAUGAUUCAACAUAAAAUAUUUCAAACUUUAAAUAUUAUUAUUUAUAACAAUAUUAUUUCAAUUAUUCCUUUCAGGUGUACGACGAGAGUGUAGAAUAUGUAAUGGAGUCAGCAGUAAGACCGAUUUCCGAAUGGAUGGAUGCAAAGUUUUUAGUGCCUGUGAACAGUUACAUCGACAUUUAUCUCCCGGAAUUGGACCAGGAACUGCGGAAAAAUGGUAAGUUAUUGUUUUUUUUAUGCUACAUUAAUCUUAAAUUUUAACCAUGAUAGGGGAAUAACAACCAACAAUAUAGCAAAUAUAAAAACAAAAGAAUUCAGUUAAUAAUUCUCGCAGAAUAGUGUUUCUAUAUCAAUAUUCACCUAACGUGGUUAACUUUACCGUUAGACGUUUGUCGGAAAGGUUAAAAAUAAUAAUAUCGUAUACAUCACAUUCCUUUACUACUUACAAGUUUAUUAAUUCAUGAUUAAAUAUACAAUAUUUUAAUUUUUUUCAAAUUUGAUAAGCCGUGCACGUACGUAGUGUACCUAUACAAAGUGUUAAGUAUGACUAAAAAAAAAAAUAUGCAUAAUAAUUUAUAUUUAUUAUUAUAUUCAAUGUAGUUAAGAUGUCCAGUUUUUGUAUUUUAACUUUCAUUCCCUCUCUCUUCCUCCUCUCAAAAAAACAACUUAAUAAUAAUUCAUUUGUAGCACAGGGUUAUAAUAAUAAUAAUAAUAAAAUGAAACCUUAAAAUAUUGAAUACAACUAAACACAAAAGUUAUACUGAGUAUAUUUCGUUAAAAGUCACACUGUGAAACUCACUGCGUCAUAACUAGUAAUGAGUAUAAUGACUAUAAUAUUUAACAGUGAUUAUAAUGAUGGAUGUGCGCGUUAUUUAUUUUUAAAAAAUACGCUAUUUCGUUUUUCACGUUCAAGUAAAAACGUGACUACCUAUAUCUAUACCAGUGACACAACUAGGAUUUAUUUCCAGAGGGCGGAGAAGAUAUGAAUUUCAAAAAUAUUGUAACUGCUGCCUACUGUUGCAGGUGGGUAGUUGGAAAGUUAUAGGAUAUACGGGGUAAUUUAGUUUAUUUAUAAUGUAUGAAAAAUAAAUCAUCGAUUUUUUUCGAUCACAUUUUUCAAAAAUUUCACGCUUGUGAACAUGCAACGGUAACGUUGCAUUGAAUUUGGGUUGGUAGAUCGUACGCAAUCGUAAUAGUGAAAAAGGGUCCGCACACAAUCGUAUCGUACGCAAUCGUAACGCAUCCAUUGUGUUAUGUUUGUUGAAUUAAAUUUCUAACCUAGAAUACCUAUAGGUUAUAAACCUAGAUAGUCAACUAACGACUAACGUAGUAUAGAUGAAAAAAAAAAAAUCGAUAAUUCACAAAAUGUGUGUUUGUCUCUACCUAUAUAUAUAUGCAAUGAUGUGGUUGUUGAUGUAUAAAUAGGUUUAGAGAACGUUGAAAACGAGGAGGGUUCGAGAACGUAUCAAUUGGCCGCGAAACUCGCUUGUCGCGUCAAACAACACGCCUACGCCGAGCCGAAAUAUUUGGAAAGCUUAAUGUACACCGGAUACGAAGAGACCAUCUCGUUAAUGAAAACUGUGAGUAUCUUCCUUACCUAACCUACAUUGACGACAUGUCGCAAGUCACUGCAGCGAUACACUACGAUUUGGAUAUACGUUCGCGCGUAUUCCAUUUCAUUACUUUGUCCUCGAAAUUAAAAUCACGACUAUUAAACCGAUAUAUUAUCGUAAAACGACUCUAAGUACAUAGUAUUCAAUAUGACGGUCAACAUCUAAUUUUUUUUUCUUCUAAUUUUAUUCGCAGAUUUAUAGGCGAUGAUACAUUUUCUAAGUUCGAAAUUUGAAAAUAAUCAACAGCAACAGUUCGUGCACUUAAUUAUUCGAAAACACAUUUUUUUUUUUUUUUAAUCAACUACCUAUCUAUAGUUACUAUUCAAAAUGAAUAUCAUUUCAUGUUCUUAUACAAAUUUCAAGUUUCCUUCGUUUUCUAUAUUAUAAAUAGGUAUAAAUGAUAUUAUUUCAUAUAUAAUAUAUAUGUUAGUAAAUAAAUUCGAUUUAAAAACAAAUUGCAAACGGAAUAUUCCGUUUGAUUUAAGGUGUUUGGGUUUUUUUCCAGAUUCUAAAACGCUAAGUAUCACAAUCGUUUUUAAAUGCAUGUGAACUCGCAGUCAGUAUUAUAAUUUAUUAAAUUAAAAUGGUUAAAAUAUUAUAAUAAUUAAAAAUACUCACUAUAUCUACAACACUGUUGGUGUAAUAGUUUUUAUAAAAUACCUAUUGAACGCCGUAAAAUGUUCUAUUGUGACGAUUUGUUCUUCUGCAGGUGGUUUCCGAUCCAAAAUCAUUGCCAGACACGGUUCAUCAGAUUGUGAAGAACCUAAAUAACAUUGGUACACGACCCGACGGCCAAUCGUUGUUGUUGGUGGAAAUGGGUUUUGUAAGACUUAGAAAUUGUGCGUCUAUUCUGGCCCAGGUGAUCGAAAUCAUCGAAAAAAUGAUCAAAUGUUAUAUCGAAUUGAUUGCAAGAUAUAAGAAUGAAUUGAAGUCACAUACUGUCAGUAUAUAUAUAUAAAAACCUAUUAUAUUAUAUUAUUAUUAUAAAAUAGUCGAGUAAACUUCCGCCAUUGAUACAUCAAUAAUUUAAAUAUUUUCCUGAAACCAUUGUUUUUAUUUUAUAUAAUUACAGAGCUAUAUGAAUAUAUUUUCGUCGAAAAAUAACACAGAUAAUGAACACGAGACAGUACGCUGAACACGAAAAACCUGUUACAAUAAUAAGGUUCCGAAAAUCCGAAGCAAAUUUGAAAACUUUAUUCAAAUCCUUACGAAUUAAAACAUUUUUAGUUUUAAAAAUACAUUUAUAAACUCUAUUAUAAGUGUUUUAGUUUUUUUAUAAUUAUUUACAUCUAUUUAAAUCGCGUUCCAUGUUUGUAAUACUUACUAUUUUUGAAUUUUAAACUAUAAUUAUAUACAUUUAAGUAUAUGCAACAGUUAUCAUUUAUAAUAUACAAUUUUAUUUUCACAUUCAAUUUGAAUUAAUUAUACGUUUUAAGAAUAUAAUAUAAUUUUUAAAUUUACAUUUACCCAUAAUAUGCCGUAUACUGUAUACGAUUUAGCGUGUGGAUUUUCACUGUUUUCUCACAGUCAUUAAAAACUUAUAUAUUUCGGAAUUAUCAUUGUUUCGUAUUAUGGGUACCCGCGGCGGCUGUAGAUAUAGGUUUAAUGUAUAUACAUAUCCA